AUGCCGGAGUUGACCACUGUCCAUUCAACGUAUGUGAAUAAUGUAAGGUUGAUUCAUUUUGUGUGUUGGAUGGCUGGAGAAUUUAAGUAUUCAGAGGUGCAGAGUUUCUAUCAAGACGAAGUAAUUUUCAUAACAGGCGCCACUGGAUUCCUCGGAAAGGCACUUCUUGAAAAAUUGCUACGAUCAUGCCCAGGUAUCAGGCGAAUUUACAUAUUGAUUCGCCCGAAGAAGAAUGCGAGUCCAACAGGAAGGCUGGAAGUUCUUUUAAAGUCAGAGUGCUUCAAGCGCUUGCAUAAAGAGUAUCCAGAGAGUUUGAACAAGGUUGUGGGCGUGGAAGGCAACCUCACGGACGAAAAAUUGGGCUUGAAAUCCAGUGACUACAAAAGCCUCGCUUCAGAGGUGUCGGUUGUGUUUCACUGCGCGGCAACUGUCAGAUUCAACGACACCUUGAGAAACGCUGUGAAGAUCAACAUGGAAGGUACAAAAAGUGUGCUGGAGCUUUGCCAUAACAUGAAAAAUAUGAAGGCCGUUGUUCACGUGUCAACAGCAUUCGUAAACUGCGAUCAUGAGACAUUGGACGAACGACUAUACCCUCCAAUGGUGAAGCCGGAUGACAUUAUUGCGUUAACAAAAAAAAUGGACGAGGUCGACCUCGUAAAACUGACACCAGAGCUGUUGGGAGCCAAACCAAACACAUACAUCUUCACCAAGCACCUGGCUGAGUGGAUCGUUGCAGAACAUGGCCAACGCCUUCCCUUGGUCAUCGUCCGACCCUCCAUUGUGUCUGCUUCGUGGAGAGAACCAGUUACGGGCUGGCUGGACGGACUACAAGGAGUAAACCUUUUGGUGGCAUCAGGUGUGACAGGCGUGGUAACAACUAUCGUGGCAGACAAAAGUGCAGUUAUGGACAUCAUUCCGGUAGACGUCGUGGCCAAUGCACUGAUCAUCGCUGCUUGUCAAGCAACACUACGAGGCAGAACCUCCCAAGCGCAAUCCAGACAGGAUCUACCGGUGUACAACUGCACAAGUGGCGCCAUCAACAAGAUCACCUACGGCGAAAUUGCGGUCCUUACCACCAAGCUGGGGCGAAAGCACACACCAGAGACCAAUUUCUGUCGUCCAGGAAUGGACAUGACAAUGAGUCCAUUUUACCAGGCCGUCGCCGUCUUCCUCUUCAACUAUCUUCCUGCAUUGUUCUUUGACCUUGUGCAGCCAAGAAGAAAACAGAAUAUGAGGAUGGUGGAUAUUCUGAAGAAAUACCAGUAUUUCUUCUUCACUACACGCUUCUUCACUACACGUAACUGGAAAUUUAACUCCGAGAAGUUUAUCGAGCUCCAUACGCAUAACACUCCGCUGGACAGGAAGGUCAAUUGCAUUUAG